AUUGUUUCUUAUCAGUCUAAUCCAACUCAAUCUCCUGCAUCUUUAUGCUGCCUCCUUAACCUUAACCUUAACCUUAACCAGAACUAAACAGACUAUUAUGGUGAAGAACACUGAUAACUCCAUGACUGAACCUUCAUCAUCGAGUAGUCAUGAGCCAAAGUACAAGGGCGUUCGUAAGCGAAAAUGGGGGAAAUGGGUGUCCGAGAUUCGGCUUCCGAACAGCCGAGAACGUAUUUGGCUAGGCUCAUAUGAUUCGGCGGAGAAGGCAGCGCGUGCAUUUGACGCAGCUUUGUUCUGCUUACGAGGUGCCAGUGCGAAAUUCAACUUCCCUGAGAACCCACCGGAGAUUAACAUUACUGGACCCGACGGACGACCGCUUAAUCCACAGGAGAUUCAAGUGGUUGCCGCGAGAUACGCCAACGAAGAGCAAGAGCCUCGGAGCAGUACAUUGGAUUAUAACAAUGUGUCAACAUCAGCUGCAACGUCGCAUUACACGUCGUCGUCAUCAGACGGGGUGGUGGCACCAGUGCCCAUGGAAGUGGAUAGCAGUGACCAUAAACCAAUAGAUUGGUCGUUUUUAAAUAUGUUAGACAGCAAUGAGCGAGCUGAUGCAUCUGAUUUUGGGCUUUAUUCCGGGCUUGCUGGAGAUGAACUAUAUCCUCCUACUCCGGCGACACCAUCGCCGCUAAUUGAUGAAAACGAGGAAGAUCAACAAAACUUCUACUCUCACUCUUCAUUUCUGUGGAAUUUCUAAGUUAGGUCGUUAGCUAAGUUAAGAAACUCAUCAGGAAAGUUCGGCUAAUUUUUGCUGUCGAUACCACUCACUGAUAUUUUUUUCUUUCAUCUUUCAUUAUACAUUAUAGGAUGAAAAGUUUUUAUCUUUUUUUUCCCCCUGUUUUACGAUAUUAUAAGGGGGAAGACAUGGCCCAGUUUUUUUGUGCCAUCUUCUCAAACAUAGUACUUGUAAAAUUCGUAUUAUUUGUAUCAAUAAUUAAAAGGUUGUAACUGUUUGAUAAUAAAACUUUGGAAUUUGGAGACAA